CCCUGAAGGACGAGCGGUUCCAGCUGGUGGAGUUCACCCAGAAGCAGGUGCGGAUCCUGCUCUCCGACGUCCGGCUGGAGGACGAGGGCGGCUACUUCUGCCAGCUGUACACCGACGACACGCACCACCAGAUCGCCUCGCUCACCGUGCUGGUGGCCCCCGAGAACCCCACGGUGGAGGUGAGGGAGCAGGCGGUGGAGGGCGGGGAGGUCGAGCUGACGUGCGUCGUGCCCCGGUCGCGCCCCGCGGCCACCCUGCGCUGGUACCGGGACCGGCGGGAGCUGCGAGGACUCAGCAGCCGGGAGCAGCUGGGGAAGGUUUUCCGGGUCAGCUCGUCGGUGCGGCUGCGGGUCGAGCGCCGGGACCACGGGGCCAUCGUGACGUGCGAGGCCACGCACCCCGCCCUGCGCGGGCAGCGGAAGCAGACGCAGUACGUGCUGGACGUGCAGUACUCGCCCACGGCGCGGAUCCAGCCCAGCCAGGCCGUGCUGCGUGAGGGCGACACCCUGCUCCUCACCUGCGUCGUCAACGGCAACCCGCUCCCCACUGAGAUCACGUGGAGCCGGGCGAACGACUCGCUGCCCGAGCGGGUGCAGAUCCAGGGCGCGGAGCUGACCCUGCCAGCGCUGAACCCGGGGGACAACGGCACCUACGCCUGCCAAGCGGCCAACAAACACGGCCGCGCCUCCGACCAGUAUGUGCUGGUGGUCUACGACCCCGGGGCCAUCGUGGAGGCCCAGACCUCGGUGCCCUACGCCAUCGUGGGCGGCAUCCUGGCCUUGCUGGUCUUCGCCGUCAUCUGCGUCCUGAUCGGCAUGGUGUGGGGCUCCGUCCGGCAGAAAGGGUCCUACCUGACGCACGAGGCCAGCGGGCUGGACGAGCACGGCGAGGUGCGCGAGGCCUUUCUCAACGGCGGGGGCAGCCACAAGCGCAAGGAGGAGUUCUUCAUCUGAGCCGGGGCGCGGAGCCGGGCGAGCCGGGCCGAGCCGGGCGCCUCCGGACCAGCCCGUCGAGCCGCGGCCGAACCCCGGGGCUGGGGGCUGGUUUAAUUUCUGAAACCAAGGCCUGUGUGCCAGCAGCCUGGGGUUCCAGCCCUGCCCCUGGGCUGUGAGGCCCCGCCUCCGACAAGAAGCCCCACCCCUAUGCAGUAAGACCACGCCCCUGGGCUGUGAGGCCCCGCCUCUGACAAGAAGCCCCGCCCCUAUGCAGUAAGACCACGCCCUUGGGCCGAGGCCCCACCCACCCUGUGUGAAGGUCCCCACUCCAGGGACCCAAGGUGGUGUCCUUUGCCCAGGCAGAUGGGGGGUCGGGUGGGGUGGGGGGCUGAAGCAGGGGGUUCUGGCCUCACCCACAAUACAGUGGGGGUGGCCACGCCCCUUUGAUAGGGGGGCAGGUCUCCAGGGAAGCAGGGAGGGGGUGGAGACCGUGGGGUGCUUUUGUAAACAGCUUAACUGUGCCGCGACUGGAUGGGGGAUGGAGUCCCUCCCCCCGUGGGGCCCGGACUCCUGGGUUCUAUCCCCGGCUCCAGGAGGGCAUUGGGGGGUUUACGGGGAUGGAGGGGUGGGGGGCUGGGAGCCCGGACUCCUGGGUUCUAUCCCUGGCUCCAGGAGGGCGUUGGGGGGGUUACUGGGGUGAAGGGGGGGGCUGGGAGCCCGGACUCCUGGGUUCCAUCCAGGGCUCCUGUAUUCCUGCUGUGGGCCUUAAAAGCAGGUUGGACUCUUUCUUUAAAGCCAUGAUUGUUGGGGGGGGUGGGGGGGUGGGGUGUCUCUCUGUCCAUCAGUGUCUGUCCGUCCUCGUCAUGUGACGUCCUCACCAAGCACAACAGCCUGAGACGGGGCCGGGGGGGGGGGCGGAGGAGCUGGGGGGCCGGGGCUUCUUGCCCUACCCCCAGGAACUCGCCUGCCAUGGGGCACCCCCGGGCCCAGAGGGGGUGAAUGGGGCAAAUCCAGAUUUCACCCUCCUCCCCGCCAGUGCACCAGCCCCUUGGCUGCCCCCAGCACUGGGGGUGCUGCCGGGGUGGGGCAUGCUCGCCCCUCACAGGCGGGGCCACAGUACCCCCCCCCCCCGCCCCCCGGGCAUCGGAGAAGCCGGACCCUGAAUCCCCUGGGUUACAUUGGGAAAGAGCUUCCCCAUCACAGCCUGCCGGCGAGCGGGGACCCCCCUCCCAGCGCCGGGCGAGGGGUCCCCCUAUAACCCGCCCCCACCCCUACCCCAGAGGGGCCGCGUCCUAUGCCGGGUGAGGGGCCCCCCCUAUAACCCACCCCCACCCCAGAGGGGCCAUGUCCCAGUGCCGGGCGAGGCGUCCCUGUAUUACCAGCCCCCACCCCACCCCAGCGGGGCCUCGUCUCCUCCCCGAUCCUCUCUGACCCCCCCACGUCCCUGACUUCCCCCCAGAUCCUCAUGCCUCCCAGCCCCCCCCUUUGUCCGGAAGAACCCCCCGUUGGGUCCCAGCCCCGUCUCUGGCUGGAGGUUAUUUUCUAGCGUGUGUGUCGCGGGAGGGGAGAAGGGAAACGAAUGGGAGAGAUAAUAAUUAAUAUAUAACCGGGGUGGGGAGAGGGGGCUCUGUGGGGGGGCCAGGCCCCCCCAGCCCGAGACUGUUCCCCCGCCCCUGCCGCAGCCUGAACGUUAAUAUAUAUGUAAAUAUCUGUCGCCUUUUAACCGCCUUUGAUACUUCAAUAAACUCCCCGAUUAAUUCUUUUAACCCGA